CCUGACUGUCCAAGAGGAGUAAGAUGCACCGUCUGUGCAAACGGUUGGCGUGUUGCAGUCGGCGGCGGCGGGAAGAGGACGACAUCGUCGCCAUCACACGUCGCUCUGUCGAAGAGGACUACGAUCUGCUGCAUGUCGUGGGCGACGGAAAAACCUGCCGCGUGUACCGCGCGCAGUCCAAGGUUGACCCCAAGUCGAUCGUUGCUGUGAAAGUGAUUCAAACAGCGUACUUGAGCACACCCAGUCGAGUCGACGCUUUGCAGUGCGAGCUCCGUGCGUUGUCCCAGCUGCGAGCCCACCCUCGAGUGCUGACGUUAUUUGCGGUGUACCAAGACGACAACACCGUCGCCCUCGUCACGUCGUAUGUUCGUGGAGGGCAACUCGUCCCAGCACUGUGUGCUCGCAACUCCAUCAAUGAGCACACGAUUCGCCAACUCGUGCGUGAGCUCGUGGAGGUCCUUGCCGAAAUGCACAGCCGUGGCAUCACGCACCGCGACCUGAAGCCUGAAAAUUUGCUUUUGGACGACGGCGACCACUUGAAAGUUGUGGAUUUUGGCAUCGCCCAUAUCCAAGGCACCGACGACGCAGGAAAUAAAUCGAGCCAACCCAUGGUGGGGUUGUGUGGCACGGGGCCAUUCAUGGCCCCCGAAGUCUUCAACAAAGACGUCCCCUACACGUCGAAAGUCGACAUUUGGGCGCUCGGCGUGUGUGUGUAUGUGCUGCUAACCGGCCACGUUCCAUUUGAAUCCAAGUUUAUGUCGGUUCUCGAGGACAAGAUCCGCGCAGGGGACUACUCGAUGCCUUCCCACCAACAGGUGUCUGCCACCGCCAGGUCGUUCGUCGCGACCUGCUUGAAUGUUCGCGCAGCCGACAGGCCUAGUGCCACGUCGCUGCUUCGCCACCCUUGGCUCGACCUGGACCAAGUGCAAAGCGUGUUUACUGUCCCGUUCACCCCUGACCACAUGGCAUGCCUGGCGGCAUAUGCAAACCCGUCGACUGCCGCGCCGUGCAUCCACACCAGUCUGCAGGCAAACAGUAAUCGGCCAAGAUGAUGAAGAACUGGUUUUGUUCUAGGGCACCAAGUGCAGGAUUCCAAACACGAGGCCGCCUGUGACGGCCACUAACGCGGGUGUAUCCAACGUGCGAGGUGCCACGGCCUCGGUGUACGUCACCAGGGGCGGCACGACUGCCAUCGCCACCCACACUUGCAGCAUGGAGUAAAACGUGCGAUAGCUACAGCAAAUCCAGUCAGAUCAUGAACUCAUCAUCAUGCAGCCGU